UUUUUAACUGAUGAAAAAACAGUUAAAGAUACUUUAAAAAUUAUUUCAAUAUAUAUGGUGUCAUUUAGCCCGGUCCUACAAUUCAGUGAAAAAGAUGGCAGACGAAUUGUUUUGCCAUUAUCCACCAGAGUUAAAAUGCAGAUUUACUGACCAUGGUCAGUGUUCCGGUGAUCUCGUGAACCUUAUACAGUGUGUAAAGAGUACAGGUGCCCAUCUCAGGUACUUAAAAACUAAAGGGAACGUAUCUGAAAUAGACCUCAUUCUCAAUAGAGGUGGGUUAUAUGACGUCAGUGACUAUAGCAAGCAGCUAAUUUUAGUUUGUAAAGAGCACCGUGAUUCGUUGGGCCUGUAUUGGAGGAAAAAGACCAAAUGCGAUUAUCCUCUGCACAGUGGAGUUGGGAACGUAGCGGACAGAGCAGUGAACAAGAAUUGUUCAAGUGAAAUAUUCUACAUGUUCAACUGUCUUGUUCCCAUUGGUUCAGCCAUUUGCAAGAAGUGCAGAGUUGUUCACACUAAGAUGAUUGCACUCUUAAACAGAAGCAAUGUGAGUUGUUUUGGGAACAAUGCAGACACUGAAAAUGGAUGCAAUUCAGGAGAAGUUGGCUAUGAAAAUCUAACUGAUGAAAAGAAUGACUCUCAGGCUGCUCUGCCCGUCACAAGUUCUGAUUGUUACGGAGAAGUUGGCUAUGAAAAUGUAACUGAUGAAAAAAAUGACUCUCGGACUGCUCUGAUCACAAAUCCUGAGUGUUACGAUUUAUUAUCUUCACAAACAACUCAAGCAAGCAUACCCAGCAGUCAUGAGGAGUGGGAACCAGAGUCUUCUUCAUUAGAGAUAAUAAAUGAAGUUAUAAGUCUUUUAUCCAAUGGGAGUCUUGAUCCACUAAGAUCACAACUAUCAGUACCAUUGACUGAAUCUGCACCUAGAACACAGAGAUAUUAUGAGCGGAGAGCCAAGGAGAUAGUUUUACAGUUGUUAGAAUUCAUUGCUCCAUCUCAGUCCCAACUACUGCUAGAAAAAAUUACAGAUAAAUCAGAUGUGCUAAAUACCUCCUCUGAUGACAGGCUUCUUCAGGCUUUUGUGAAGGCAUAUCAGGAGGCCUCACAUUCCCCUUUGUUACAAAAGCAGAUUUUGUCAGUAAUUUCCAGUCACUUCCAGAAAAAUACACUAUUAGAAUCCUUUCCGAAUGUCACCAAGUACAAAAUAGAUGUAGCAAGAGAUUACUCGAAGAAAGGUGGUAUGGCUGAGCCUCAGAAGUUGCCCAAGUCAACCAAGUUCUCUAUACUUCCACAAGAACAGGUGCAGCACUUUGUUGACUUUAUAUCUCAACCACAGUAUGUCCAAGAUGUUGCAUUUGGAGAGAGAACACUUAAACUGUCCACAGGACAAAAGAUACAUAUACCUGACAUUGUAAGAACAGUAAUAGGUAGCAGAAUAAUUUCCUCUUACACAGCAUACUGUGAAGAAACUAGCUUUCAUCCAUGCAAAAGGUCAACACUUUACGAAUUACUAAGGAACUGUUCUGCAACUCAAAGGAAGAGUCUGUGUGGACUGGACAACACUACUGCUGAUGGUAUAUGCUCACUGGAGAAGAUGAUUUCUAUAGCAGAAGCAAUGGAAAGCUAUGGUGCAUUGUCACAUGUUUCACAGGAUAUUGCAAAAAGAUUAAGAGCCGGUAAGCAAUACCUCACAUGUGACUACAGAUGGCAUAUUACGCAGGAAAAUAGUGUACCAGACCACUGCAUCCAGUAUGCACUGAGUAACCCAGAUAAUCAUGAAUUUAGUUCUAAAUGUGACCACAGCCAUAUGGAGAAGUGCUAG